AUGAGCUUGAGAAAGCUUCUAGCUGCAUCGAAUGGUUCACUUUGGAGAACAGGGUUGAUAUAUGCAAGAGUGCGGAACUCUGUAGCUAUUCUGUAUAAUGGUCAGGUGGCCUUGGAUGUGCCGUUGCAUUUUGGAAGCUUAGAAAGUUGUCAGGUUUUGUGCGUGAAGCCCCUUGCUGUUUCUGCGAGUGCAGACGUUAAAUUUUCUGUGAAAGGGUUAAACCUUUUCUUGUAUAGUACAAGAUUACUCUGCGCACUCGAAGGAAAGUAUCUGGUAGAGGAUAAUUGUUAUGAUUUGAUUGAUGGUGCCGAAGCAGCCUCUGGACAUCAUGAGCUUCAGAAUCUCAGCUUCUCUUGUCAUAUACCAAAUAUGAUUGGAAGAGGAUUUAUUGAGGUCGAAGAUAAUAGUCUCAGCAGCUGUUCCUAUCCAUUCCUAGUCGCAGAGCCUGAAAUUUAUUCGGAGAUAUGUAAUCUGGAAAUUGUCAUUGAAGCAGCAGAGACUGCUGAUGACAUCCAGAUAAAGGCUAAAUUAAUUGAAGGAAAGACUCGAGCAAUGAAUUUCGUACAUAGUGUUCAUUAG